AUGGCGGGUCUUCCACUGGAUCAGUGUGGAUUAGGUGGAAAUGGUGGAUCAAGUGGAAGCAGCGGUGGAUAUGGCGGGUCUUCCACUGGAUCAAGUGGUGGAAUAGGUGGGAUUGGUGGAUCAGGUGGAAGCAGCGCUGGAUAUGGUGGAAUCUUCUACUGGAUUAAGUGGUGGAUUAGUGGAUUAGGUGGAAUUAGUGGAUCAGGUGGAGGCAGCGGUGGAUAUGGCGGUUCCUCCGGUGGAUCAAGUGGUGGAGUAGGUGGAUCAGUGGAAGCAGCGGUGGAUAUGGCGGGUCUUCCACUGGAUCAAGUGGAAUUGCGGUGGAUAUGGCGGUUCUUCGGUGGAUCAAGUGAAAGCGGGUCUUCCACUGGAUCAAGUGGUGGAAUAGGUGGGAUUGGUGGAUCAGGUGGAAGCAGCGCUGGAUAUGGCGGAUCUUCUACUGGAUUAAGUGGUGGAUUAGGUGGGAUUGGUGCAUCAGGUGGAAGCAGCACUGGAUAUGGCGGAUCUUCUACUGGAUCAAUUGGUGGAAUAGGUGGAAUUGGUGGAUCAGGUGGAAGCGGCACUGGAUAUGGGGGUUCUUCCGGUGGAUCAAUGCCUUCCGAUCAGGCGAUCACAGUCCGGCAGAGCCAAUGUGACAGUUCGCUCCAUGUCAUCCUCUUACAAGGUUUAGGUAUAUCUUUAUCCGUUAUUUCCUAUAUGACUCGUGGCAAACGUGUUCAAUCUGCUCUUGGGCGAGGUAAAGGCGUCUACACUACCAGUGGGCAGUGGCGACUUAUGGUACUGGAGCACACAGCUCAUCAGUCUCGAGGGAUGGUGGUGAAGGAUGGCAUAAACAACCGUCAGCAGUUUGCCCGUUCACGCUGUAUUAACUCUCCUACGUUCUCCACUAUCCAGUAUGUGGCUAGCACCUGCCACGUGAGAAACGGCUGUAACAGUGGAUCAUAG